UCGCCGCGGCCGCCAGGAGGGGGCAACCGCGCCGCAGUCGCGCUUGCAGUGUUGUGCAGGAACCGCGGCUGUCCACACGGGCCUACCAUGGCGGGACACACACAGACGCGGAGGCUGGCGCUGUGCGCGGCCUUGCUGGCGUGCCUGGCGGCGACGGCGGCGCCCGCUGCCGGGCAGUCGCGCAGCCAGCGGCAGGAGCAGGCGGGCGCGCGCAGACACCCCGGCUCGCCGUGCCCGCGCGUCUUCACGUACGAGGGCGACGCGGCCGAGCCGGACCGCUGGUACGGCACCGUCAUGCUGGCCACGGACGAGCCGCUCAUCGGCAUCCGACUCGACGUGCAGCUCGACAAGCCGGCCAAGAUCCUGGGCAACUGGGAGGGCGAGGUGUCUACGCGGGACAACGUGCGCUACACCAUCCUCAACCUGCAGACGCGGCUGCGCCCGGGGCCGCCCCGCGCCGUCCGCAUCUUCGUGCGGUACGGCGAGCGAGACCCCGUGCCCAGGCUGCGCUCCAUCGCGCUCAACGGCCGCCGUAUCUGCCCCGAGGACAGCGCCGCCGACUCCGGAACGAGCGGCAGCCGGCAGACUACUCGUCCGCCGUACGUGAGUUCCGGUGGCGGCGGCGGCGGCACCAGCGGUGGUGGUAGCGGCGUCGGCGGCGGGGGUGGAGGCGGAGGAGGCGGCGGGAGCAGCGUGGUGUACGAGGAGCCGAGCCCUGUGCGGCCCUCCGCCGGCGCGGACCCGCUCAACAACGAGGGCGGCCGCUACACCACGCCGCGCAGGCCCUCCGACCCGUACGGCAACCGGCGCCCUGUGGAGCCCGACCCGCUGUCGGAGAGCGGCUUCCAGCGGCCCUCGUCUGUUGACAGGGACAGGACGACGAGGCGGCCCCAGGUUUCGGUGCUGCCCGUCGGAGGAGUCGGCAGCGGCGACCGCAGACCGCCGGCCAGGCCAACGGCGGAUCCAUUCGGCAGCGGAAACCGCGAGGAUCGCACGACGCGCCGGCCCGACCCCUUCGACGAGGACCCCUACCUCAACCGCAGGACGACGGCCGCCACGCCACUGUCUUCGCGCCGGCCGGCCACCGCCGCCCCGCUGCCGUUCCACAACGUGUGGGAGGAGGGGGAGGAGGGCUCGCGGCAGCCCGCCGGCGAGGCGACGACCCGCCGCCCGGGGCCGGGCCAGAGGCCGCCGGACGCAGAGUGGAUCACGCCGGACGUGGGCGGCGCGGCGCGGCCCAGGCCGACCAUGCCCACCACCACGGAGGGCCGGCGCACCACGCGCCAACCCCAGCACGAUGACGGCUCGGUGCGCUGCGGCACGGUGACGACGCAGGCGACGCCGCUGGUGACGAACGGCCAGCGCACGACGCGCGGCCAGUGGCCGUGGCACGCGGCGCUCUACCAGUCCAAGAACAUCGACCUCAGCUACAAGUGCGGCGGCUCCCUCAUCAGCCGCAGCACCGUCGUCACAGCGGCUCACUGCGUGACGACGCGUCCCACAGACCGGCCUGUGGAGGCCGACAGUCUGCUAAUCUUUGUGGGCAAGUACCAUCUCAAACUGUGGAGCGAGGGUGGAGUGCAGGACAAACAGGUGUCUUCUGUGUAUGUCCAUCCAAUGUACAACAGUUCCACCUUCAAUGCAGACAUUGCACUGCUGAUUCUGUCAAGUCCAGUGGACUUCACAACAUUUGUGAGGCCUGUCUGCCUUUGGGGCUCUGCUAACACCGACAUACAGUCUCUUGAGAACACAGAAGGAUAUGUUGUUGGAUGGGGCUUCGAUGAAAAUGGUCGAGUAACAGAGGACCUCAUGAUGGCCAAGAUGCCAGUUGUGUCACAGCAGACCUGCCUCUGGAGCCACCCACAAUUUUUCUCUCACUUCACCUCCAACAGGACAUACUGUGCAGGUUUCCGUAAUGGAACUAGUGUAUGCAAUGGAGACAGUGGUGGGGGCAUGGUGUUCCCUAUGACAACUCGUGAUGGUGCACGAAUCUGGCAGCUCCGUGGGAUUGUAAGCAUAAGUGUCAGCAAGGAAGAUAGAGUGUGUAAUACAAGUCACUAUGUUGUGUUCACUGAUGUAGCCAAGUACCUGGAUUGGAUCCGGAAAUACAUAAAAUAAGAAAUAAAAAAUUCACUUCCAUUGUUUGAUAUGUAACUGGACCUGUUUUCAGUCCAAAAAUCUCAGCCCAUGAACAAACUCUAAUAAAUUCUUCAUUAAAACAA